UGUCACCAGACAUAACCAUACGCAUAAAAUCAAUGAUUAGAUUGAUUAGAUGUAUCCAAGCAUACAUACAUAAAUCCCACCUAUAAAUACAUAAUGACCCUCCAAGCCCCCCAAUCCGCCACCACCAUCUACCUCGACCAACCCCCAAGCUGCCUCCAAUCCUGCCCCUCAUCCCCCAACCACUUCCUCAUAGGCACCUACCUCCUUACCGAAACAAAAGAUGAAGCCGGCACUAUCCAACAAACCAAAACCGGCAGCCUGCAACUCUGGCACCUGACCCCAGAAACCAACUCCUUAUCCCUAAUCCAAAAACUUCCCCUACAAUAUGCAGUCUUUGACCUCCACUUCCACCCCAGGGACCCCAAUCUGCUCGCCAUUGCCACAAGCGCAGCAUCAGUUGCCCUCUUCCGCCUCUCAGGCCCAACACCAACCCCCGAAAUCCACCCGGUAUGGACGAAACCCGUCCACGAGGACCCGACCAUUCCGGCCCUCUUCCUCGCCUGGACGCCGCAGAACUGGCUAAACGAGACCGAGACCGAGACCCAGGCCGACGGGUUCGCGGUGACCUUUUCCGACGGCCGGACCAGCAUUUUCGGUUGCUCCCAGGGUACUACGGGACUUGUCGAGGAAGAUGCGAUCUCGGAAUGGGGCUCCUUUGCUGCGCGGGAGACGAUCGAGGUGUGGUUUGUUGCGCUGGAGAUAUUCUCCGACAACGACGGGAGUCAGGUCCCGUUUUUGUUUACCGGGGAUGAUUUUGGGUCGUUGCAGACGCGGCGGUUUGGGGGUGAGAGGGAAGGGGAACUUUUAUCGGGGGUUUUGGGGGAUUGGGAUGAUCGGGGGAGGAAUCAUGGGGCUGGGGUUACGGCGAUUUUGCCACUUCCGGUGGGAUUGGAGGACGGGGCGCCGGUGGUGCUUACGGGGAGUUAUGAUGAGAGUUUAAGGGUUUAUCGGGCUACGCGGAGGGGGGAGGUUUUGGCAGAGGUGGGUUUGGGGGGUGGAGUUUGGCGGUUGCAGUUGGUGAGGACGGAGAGGCGUGGGUUGGAGGAUGGGGGGAAGGAGUGGGUGUUUCUUGUUCUGGCGAGUUGUAUGCAUGCUGGGACGAGGGUGGUGAGGGUUACGCGGACACUGGGGCAGUGGGAUAUUGAGGUUUUGGCGGAGUUUACGGAGCAUGAGAGUAUGAAUUAUGCGUCUGAUGUGUGGAAGCCCGAGGAGGGAUAUGACUUGCAAGGGAAGGAGAUGUCUGAGCUGCUCUGCGUAUCGAGUAGUUUCUACGAUCGGAGACUUUGCGUGUGGCGGGUCAAUGUAUGAGGGAAAAGUCCCUCAAAAAUGAGAGAUGGUUUUAUUGUUCAUGAAGUGAUUCGCUCGAUAAAUUCAUCAUGCGGUAUACAA